GUUUGCUUUUCGUCUGCCUUCAUUUUGAAAGCUCGUUCCCUCGGCUUUUAACUCUUGUGUUAACUUGUAUCUCGCGCAAAAGUUGUACAUAAAAAUUGGCGGGAAAUAUCUCAACGAAGUUUGAAAAUCGUCCGAGCCAGAGGUAAAUGCUCUCAUCUUCAUUUUCGAAUUUUAACAACACUUGAAAAUUAAACUGGCAAGCUAGACUCCCGACCAUACAUUUCUAAACCGGAACAACUGAGCCUGAGUUGAAGAAAAGUUCAUAAUAUAUCUUCACAGAACAAUUAUAAUACGACAAAACACUUUUACAUCUGGGAUGAUGAACCAAACAACGGAUAAGAUGGUGUCAUUUGAAGAUGGCCAAGUCGUGUUGAAUUAUAUUUUUCUCUGCAUUCUCUUCAUCGCUAUCUUGGUAAACAAUAGUCUAGUCUUGACGGCAUCGUGGAGUCAAAAGCGUCUUCAUUCUCAACUCAAUGUUAUCGUCCUCUCUUCCAUGGCUCUAGCUCAAAUGAUCGGAGGUCUGAUGUCGAUUCCAAUCAACAUGGCGCUAGUUCAGGAUUACGAAGAAGAUCCGAGGUUGGACUUUUCGGUUGUUGUUGCGACGUUUUCCGGUGUCGCAAGCCAGUUGCUCCUGAGUAUCGUUUGUGUUGAACGUUACCUCAUUGUGGCGAAGCCUGUUGUCCACGGAAAACUGAAACGAGGAUAUGUUAUCAUUUCAUGUGUUAUCGUUUGGUUUCUCUCUCUACUGGCUGCAUUGCUGUCGUUGGUAGAUUUCAAGAACUAUUCAAUAUUCCUCGUGACUGUGUUUUUCAUAUUGCCUUUUCUUGUGGAAGUUUUUGGCUAUGUGCUCCUGUACUGCUGUUCGAAAGGACGCACUCAAACAACUCUGCUCAGAAAGGAACUUCGUCUGGCUAAAUGGUUUGCGAUUUUCACGUUUAUAUUCAAUGUUCUUUGGCUUCCUUUCAUCGUCACCAUUCUCCUGCGCGAUCACUGCGAAUCAUGUGAUACGGAGCGUGGUUCGCUGUUCCUGUUUAUCCUGUAUUUCCAGUUGCUUAGCGACGCAAUAUCGGCCAUGAUAUACUACCGAGCAAGCCUCGAUUUCCGUCUAGCCUACAAGAUAGUCUUCUCAGAAUUGCGCAACAUGAUAUGCAGAGGCGCGAAUUCGGAUAACCCACAAGACGUCGCAAUGCAUGACGGUACGAUACGACGUGACGCUAAGGAGAAUCAUGUGAACGAGGCGAUGUAUUGGAACGAAGAAGCGAGCAGAAACGCCCGACACAAUGAUUCUUCUCUGCGCCAUUCUCGAACAGCUGACCCGUCAUCGAAGGCGGAUCACGAAGACGUUCACAUAGUGCCUUACGAACAGACCAAAUAUUUUAGCGGGAACUUUGGAGCGGAGGAGGAUAUUCAAGGGGUAGACGGUGAUAAUGAUGGUGUUCUUACGCUCGAUGACGAGUUUGGGUUUCAUGAUAUUGACAUUAUUCCUUAUGAUCAAUCUUGUUAAAGGCAGUUCCUUCAUUGUCGUUGUGAAGACGUUUGAAAAGCUGAGGUGGGCGCAAAAAUGAAGAGUUCUCCUCCAAAACCAGUACCUUGCAACGCAGUCACUCCUUCGGUCAUUGAAGUAGCACGUUAAAACGUCUGUUAUUUACAGAAACACUGGAUACUGUGAUGUGUCAUUUUAGAGUCUUUUAAGGUGACAAUGGCAAGGCGUGACAAGGCGACUCAUGUUUAUUUGACUUUCUUUAUAUAAGGUGGUGGGAAUUUUGCUCAGUUGCCACAUUGGAUUCUGUUCUAAAUUCCUUACAUGUUUGAA